AUGGGUUUUGCUAGGCUUCCUUUCCUGGCAGCGUACUAUGCGUCAGCCUAUGCCUUCAACGGUGAUCUCUCUAUUUUUGGGAAGUACGCCAACAAUUUUAAGUCGGUUAUGAUGAUCGUUGCUAUCAAAAACGUGAUGACUAUGGAUAAGAAGAGGUUCAGGACACUCAACUUCAAGCUGGCGGGCCAUACACUCAAAAAUGUCCAGUCAAACUACCCCAAAGCCACAAGCCAGCUUCCUGGGUACAACACGAAGUUUGAUGCUACGUCCUAUUGGCUUGUGAAGCAACCUGACAUCGCGGAGGAUGACACUAUCUUCAUCUACUGUCAUGGAGGAGGCUUUUUCUCCCAACUAGGCCCUAACCAGGUAGAGGGACUCAUCGAGAGCUACUUACUCUUGCCUCCAGAGAAGCAGAAGAAGUGUUCGAUCUUGAUUUUAGACUAUGGCCUUACAUGCGAUGGCCACUCUAUGCCCACGCAGCUAAACCAACUAUACGAGACAUACUAUAGAGUUCUCAAGACCCACAGAAACGUUGGCUUGAUUGGUGACUCCGCUGGCGGCAACAUGGCUGUGUGUCUCACGCAGUUGUUGAAAGAAAAGGGAGCACCAAGCGAGGACUAUCCUUUGAAGCUUAUGGUGCUUUCGCCAUGGCUCAACAUAUACCCUGAUAUAGAGUCGAUUUCCGAGAAGUCUUCGAUUCGUACCUGCUCUGACGGUGACAUCAUCCCGUUCCCCGAGUCUACUGAAGAAGAGAAGACGAUGCUUUUUGGGAAUGUGAACCGCAAGAGCUUGAUAUACUCACCCAUGUCCAAGGAACCAGCACUGGAGAGUGACUGGCUGGAUAUCCCCACAUUUAACGAUCCCAAUAGAAAAAUCUUUAUGCUCUGCGGAGAAAGCGAGACUCUACGCGACGAGUCGCUUUGGUGGGCCAAGUACGCUCUUGGCCUUGAUUGGUACGGUCAUACCUACUUAGACGAGAAGCUUGGGCCUGAGUUUUACACGUACGAAACGGAUAAUACCUGCGUUUACGUCGAGCCACAAGGCUUCCACAUCAGCAUGUUUCUUUUUGAGAAAAACUUGUUGAAAAAGAUUGAGGCCAAAACUAUCACUAGCGCAGACGAUCUCACUGACGAGAGAAACUUUGGUCUCAAGCGUUUCACGCGCUUCCUCCAGAAUGCCCUUUAA